UGAUUAAUUAAGCAAACUGAAAACAACAAAUUAUACUCAAAUCCAGGACAUCUCUAGAUAUAUAUUCUGGAGAGGGAUGAUAUGAAAUAUGUACCUUGACCAAUUUAAAGCCAUUCCAGUAGUGUGUAUAUAUAUAUGUGCCCAUCGCUCUUAGCCAUUUAUACACACACACAAUAAGCAUUAGAAAAUAUAUAAGAGAUAUGGCAUCUAAACCAGGCAUCCUCACUGAAUGGCCAUGGGCACCUCUUGGAAGGUUCAAGUACAUGUUGUUGGCUCCUUUUGUGUUGGACAGCCUGUCUCCACUGUUCUCUGAAGCAGAUACCAGGAAAUGGGACUUGAGUUACUUGCUCACUUUUCCAUUUCUCUUGUGGAGAGUGAUUCACAACCAGAUAUGGAUAAGCUUUUCUCGUUUUAGAACUUCAAAAUCCAAGAACAGGAUACUCGACUAGUCUAUCGAGUUCGAACAAGUCGACAGAGAAAACAACUGGGAUGAUAAUAUCUUAUUGCAAGGACUGAUGUUUUAUCUGGGACAAAAAUAUCUCGACGGCGGUUCACACCUUCCCUUGUGGAGAACUGAUGGUAUUGUCAUGACCAUUCUACUUCAUACCGGUCCUGUGGAGUUCCUCUACUAUUGGCUUCACAGAUAUCUGCAUCACCAUUUUCUCUACUCUCGCUACCAUUCACACCAUCAUUCCUCCACUGCCACUGAACCCAUUACUUCUGUGAUACAUCCAUUUGGGGAGCACCUUAUGUAUUUCACACUGUUUAUGAUACCAUUGUUAAAUAUGGUUUUCACCGGGACUGGAUCGAUAGUAGCUUUCGCUGCGUAUAUCACUUAUAUUGAUUUCAUGAACAACAUGGGUCACUGGAACUUCGAAUUUGUACCGUCUUCUCUCUUCAAAACAUUUCCAUUCCUCAAGUGCAUCUUCUACACGGCAUCGUAUCAUUCACUUCAUCACACCCAAUUCAGAACAAACUAUGCACUGUUCAUGCCAAUGUACGAUUACAUAUACGGUACAAUGGACAAGUCCAGUGACGAUCUUUACGAAACCUCGCUGAAAAGGACGGAAGAAUCACCGGAUGUCGUUCAUCUAACUCAUCCAACAACACCGGAUUCCAUCUACCAUUUACGGCUAGGAUUUGCAUCCUUAGCCUCAAAACCAUAUAUGAGAGAAGCUAACAACAAACACUAUUUCAUCAUCAAAUGGAUUCUAUGGCCAUUGACAUUUUUGUGGAGCGUAUUGUUUCAAAGGAUGUUGAGUCACACAUUUGUACUCGAAAGAAACAUUUUUGAUGAUCACCAUGUGACCAAGAAGCUACUCCAAGUACAGACAUGGGCAAUACCUAGAUAUUCUUAUCAAUACAAAAGGUUGACAAGGCAAAGAGGAACAAUAAAUAGUUUGAUCGAGAAGGCCAUACUUGAUGCUGAUAAAGCUGGUGCCGAAGUGAUAAGCUUAGGCCUCUUAAAUCAGGGAGAAGAAAUGAACAGAAAUGGUGAAGUUUAUAUACAAAAGCAUCCAAACUUGAAGAUUAAGAUUGUGGAUGGGAGUAGCUUAGCUGCAGCAAUCGUGCUUAACAGCAUCACUAAUCUUACCGCGCAGCAGAAACUAGUUGUUAUGAUGAGAGGGAGACUGACAAAGGUGGCUUGUCAUAUUGCCUUGGCUUUGUGCCGAAAAGGAGUUCAAGUUGUAGUUAAGUUACAGAGUACAGACGAUUUUGAGAAACUUAGGUCACGGUUUUUCAGCACCUCGUCAGCAUCACAGGCGUCGUCAUUGGCAGUAAAUAAUUUGAUUCCUUUCACAAAGUAUAACAAUGCUCAUGGCAACCAUCAGGUGUGGUUAGUUGACGAUGAAUUUAGUAGCGAGGAGCACAUGAGUGCACCAAAAGAAACCAUCUUCAUACCAUAUUCACAGAUUCCUCCUUGGUCUAAUUUUAAGAAGAAUCCGAUAGGGGCUGCUAAUAUUCUUCGCAAGGAUUGUGUUUACUAUAGUACACCACCCAUGAUGAUCCCUUCAUCUCUCGAAAAUGUGCACUCUUGUGAGAACUGGUUGCCAAGAAGGGUAAUGAGUGCAUGGAGAGUCGCGGGAAUGUUGCACGCACUGGAGGAUUGGGAAGGACAUGAACGCGGGAAUUGGUUUAUCAAGGAGGAGGACAACAUGAUCGAUAAAGUCUGGGCCGCUAGUUUGCGCCAUGGUUUCCGCCCUUAUUAUUUACUUGUUCCCUGCACCAGCACUGUCAUUGCUGCUUAAAUAAUUAGCUAGGUACCUCUUGUUAUCAUCUAUAUUCAGGUUUAUUAGUAUGAGAUGCGAGAUAUAUGUACUUUUCUUCUCUUUCUAUAUCCUAUUUGUAAUGGUAUAAGUAAACUCCAAAUAAUACACGGAACCAAGAAGCUUUAACAA